AGGCUGCUGAGCGCUCUGCCCGGCUCUCCUGCAACCCAUGCACAGGGUGCCUUGAAAGCAGCAGGUCUGAGCUUUCCAAGCCUCUUCCACAUCUCAGAAAGUGACCCAAAAGUGUCAGUUAAGAAAAAGAUCUCUGGCAUCCCACUCUGUGGAUUAGCAGCAAACAGGCGUAUCAUCUAGAUACUUUCAGAAAGCACCACAAAGAAGCUUCCUUGGGUAGAAAACCCUGCAAGAAAAAACUGCGCUUUCUGGAAACUUGGGGAGCAGAGCUGUCGAAAUGGCAGAGAAUAAGGACAGUAACCUUAAAAACACAGAUGUGAGACCCAAGAGCAGCCGGAGCAGGAGUGCAGACAGAAAGGAUGGUUAUGUCUGGAGUGGAAAGAAACUCUCCUGGUCGAAAAAGACUGAGCGCUGUUCUGACACUGAGAUGGCGAACGCUGCAGGAAGGUCAGGGCCUAAUUUAAGGAGCCAGGAGAGAAAGUAUAGCUGCUCUUCUAUCGAGCUGGAUCUAGAUCGUUCGUGUGGACACAGGUUCUUAGGCCGGUCUCUCAAACAAAAACUGCAAGAUGCUGUGGGUCAGUGCUUUCCCAUCAAAAAUUGUACCAGUCGGCACGCCUCAGGACUUCAAUCGAAGAGAAAAAUUCAUAUCAGUGAGUUGAUGCUAGAUAAGUGCCCUUUUCCUCCACGCUCGGAGCUCGCUUUUCGGUGGCACUUGAUUAAAAGGCAUACAGCCCCUAUAAGCCAAAAAGCAGAAGACUGGACAAUUGCUGACUUAUCCCAGAAUGAGGAAAAGGAGGAGGACCUACGAGACAAUGCGAUAGAGUCCGAUCCCCCAUCGGCUCCCUCCCCAUCCUCUGACCUUACUGAUGGCAUUCCCUCCAGGCGGGACUCACGGUCCGAGCUGGCGGCAGGGAAGGUGGUAAGGAGCAGUAAAGACGACAGCGACAUGGACUCCGACGAUGAAGUUGUAACGCUGUGCACAAGCUCUAGGAAAAGAAACAAGCCCAAAUGGGAAACCGACGAUGAGCUGCUGCGGAUGGAAACGCCUCCGAAAUACCAUACGCAGAUCGAUUAUGUGCACUGCCUAGUCCCAGACCUCCUGCAGAUCAACAACAACCCCUGCUACUGGGGAGUCAUGGAUAAGUAUGCAGCCGAAGCACUGCUGGAAGGAAAGCCAGAGGGAACGUUUUUGUUACGAGAUUCUGCCCAGGAAGACUACUUGUUUUCCGUGAGCUUCAGGCGCUACAGCCGCUCUCUGCACGCGCGGAUAGAGCAGUGGAAUCAUAACUUCAGCUUUGAUGCCCACGAUCCUUGUGUCUUCCACUCUCCUGACAUCACGGGACUCCUAGAGCACUAUAAGGAUCCAAGCUCCUGUAUGUUCUUCGAACCGCUUUUGUCCACUCCGUUGAACAGGACUUUCCCUUUCUCCCUUCAGCAUAUAUGUAGAACAGUUAUUUGCAACUGUACGACCUACGAUGGUAUUGAUGCACUGCCUAUUCCUCCAUCAGUGAAGCUGUAUCUGAAGGAAUACCAUUAUAAAUCAAAAGUUAGAGUACUCAGGAUCGAUGUACCAGAGCAGCAAAGCUAGAAACUAUUUUUGUGACAGAAUGAAAUGGUCUCUAAACAGGUGAAUUGUGUGGUCAGUCCUUCCUCCCUUUAAGUUCCUUUUCAAUGGCAGUUUGACGUUUUUCUUCCUCUUUCUGCAGAUCAUUCAACCCAAACAGGCCUCUGCUUAAGGCUUUUUUAUCCAACUGUACUUUGAGUCUUCCCAGCUCUCUUUUAGAAAUGAUAUUCCUUGUGGGCUUUUGGUACUGUUCCUAAACUAGUUUUAUGGAAUUUCAGGUAGGCUUUCUGGUAUUUCUAUAGAUGGAUAGUCUUUAGAUCGAAAAACCUUAGAAAUUGGAUUUGAACUUGAUCCAUCUUUUAUAUUGUAUUUCCAUCUGUUGCUGACAUGUUUGAAAUAAUGCACUGUUAACUGAAGACUGACUCAUCUGUAUUUUCUGCAUUUCUUUUAAAAUGAGUCUCUAGUCUUGUGUCUGUGUGUAUGUCUGUCUUUAAUACAGUAAUUUCAUCAAUCUAUUUCUAACAUUACUAUUCCUAGCAAAAUGAAGUUUGAAAGAGGAUAUGAUCUUUCUAUAAAUACAUCAGGGGACUGAACACCAGGGAGGGGGAAAAACAAUUCAAGCUGAGGCCAGUGCUGAGUACAGGAACAAACUCCUUUCUAUAGGAGCUGCUGCUUCUGAAACGAUAAAGCACAGCGUGGGAGGAGGAGGAAGAAGACACCUCCUUAAGGACCCUGCAGUUUGUGGGUAUGAAACUAGCUGAUCUUGUGUCCUGAGGUAGUGAUGGACAGUCAGAUCUGCUGCUGUCACUGGUUUUAUGUGUGGAAAAGAUCCAAAAUGGGCAGUUGCUCGUAAAAUACAUACGCAGGAUAAAAGAGGGAGCACGCAGCACAGCCCAGUCCUGCUCCUGGGUUGCAGAGUAAGGGCUACAGGAGCACAAGCAAUAUUUCUCAUUGAAUAUUUCCAUUUCACCUGGUGCUGCAUGCUGUAAAUUUGCAGAUCUGUCCUGGAAGCUGCCUGUUGAGGAGUUAGCAGGGAAGCUCUGCAAUACAGCUCCACUGGGGACCUGCUUUCCUGCCCACGCUGCCCCUGCACAAGAACACCCUUUCCCCUGAACUGCUGCCACUGUGAUGUAAAUAGAUUUCCAGGGACAUCUGCUUAGAGACCAGCCAGUUUGUUUUCACUGUGUUUUAAACAGGUUUUGAACCAAAGUCUCCAGGGAGAAAAUGCAAACGCAUCAAUCUAUCGCAUCGCACAUGGAUGAAUGAGCUGCAGGACAAACUCUCAGCUGCUAUAAAUCAGCAUGGCUUUAUUGAUGCACUUAGAACAGUUUAUACCAGCUGAGAGUCUCCCUCCUCCACAUGCAAAUGAUAAUUGUAUGACUGAUGUCAGAAAAAUUACUUCUUUUUUUUUUUUUUUGGGCAAUGUUUUCCUUGUGCUGCUUCCAUUCAACUGAUACUAAUUUUUGCAUAAGCUGUGUUUAUUCAAGAGCAGCUUCCUAUUAGUAAAUCUAUUUCUUCUUGAUCUAUCCCUGCCAUUUUCCUUACACAAAAUGAAAGAAUAGCAGGGGACAAAUUUGCUGUUUUUGCCUGUCAAUACAAAGCGCUGCUGCAAUCAAAAUUAGUAGUAACUGGCUUGAAAUCUGACUUGAUUUUAGUGAUUCGAGAGCUACAAGCAGUCUUUCAGAAACAGUUCAGCUCAGUUUCAGAUGGCAGUUCCCAUUAUUAUGUUUCCUACAAGUCCACAAAACGUAGAUUUCAGCCAAGAGUCUCAUCCGCUUUGGAACGUAUCAAAGGCCACCAGCUCUUUCAAAGCCAUCUGAGAAAUGUCCCUUCAGGAUGAAAGGUCAUGAAAGAACCUUUUAGGGCUCAGGUCUGCAACUUGCUGUCAAUUCAGUGUCGUUCCUUCUGCAGCCUACACUGCUUUGGCAGCCACAGGGUGUUGAUGCAUCGCUUACCCCAAAAAUGUCUACAGCUCUCUGUUUUUAGGAGCCCUAUGUAGUAUAGCAGAUGAGGGAUGAAGGUGCUGCAAGUAAAAAUAGUGCCUUUCGAGGCUGGGUGUGAGUCUGGGCAGCCUGGUGUCGUGGUUGGCAACCCUGCGUAUAGGUUGAAACUAGAUGAGCACUGUGGUCCUUUUCAACCCAGGCCAUUCUAUGAUCUGAAAUCACACAGAAAGUCCUAAUGAACAGGCUGUGGAAGCUCACCCUGUGCUUUUUUCCUGUUAUAAUCGUCCAGAUCAUACUGUGAGUGUGACCUUGGUGCAGUCUGAAUUUUGUGUGUGCAUGCAGUCUGAGAGAUGUAUUUCAUGAAGUACCCAGUUUUUCAUGAGAUGUGAGAAAUCAAAAACUCUAUUUUGCUAAAACCUAUGUCCCCUCUCUCCUUGUUUUUCUUUUUAAUAAGCUUUGUAGAAAUUAACUGAUUUUACAAUGUGCAAAGCAUGGUCAUCCAGAAGUUUC